UUACAAUUUACCGGUGCAACGACUAAUCAAUCAUGGCGGAACAACCCCAAGGAAGCUACCCACGAAUCAACGGGAAAAUGUUACAGUCGGGCGUCUACAACGAUCAGCUCGUCUCGCUGAUGGGGCGCUUUGUUUCAAUGCCAAACCCGGACGCCACCGUUUCCUUUCAGUGCGCGGACCAAGUCGUCGUCACGCUUUCGACCGAACACGCCGAAGUACCGCCGCUGGAUAUGAUCGACGGCCCCGUGGUAGAAAUCGUCGGACAAGUCGCUACGGGACAAGACCCACUCAUGAUGUUCGUCGUUCGUGAACUGUCCAAGGACUUGGACUUGGACGUCUACAACCAGAUGAUCGAGGUACAACAAAACCCCAAGUUUCAAAACUACUUUGCGCCCAUUCAGGCGUAAAUACGUACGUACCCACUACAUACAGUGUCAAUCUC